UCCACUAAACCCCUAUAUAAACCUCAUCACAAUCCACUUCACAAGCCCCAGGGCUAGAAAUCAAAAACCAAAAUCAAAUCUCAUCCAUAGUACUCCUCACAUUUCCAGCUGCGUUUUUGCUCUCGUUAAUUAGUUUGUAAAACAUGGACCUCAUGAUUCCCCUGAGGAAUAUGGGUGUCGACACCAACCUCCUGGACGCCCUCCACGACCUUUUGGACUUCUCUGACGAGCAAAAUCAGGCGAGCCACCAUGCGCCUUCGCGCCAAUACGUCCGGGAAGCCAAGGCCAUGUCGGCUACUCCAGCUGACGUGAAGGAGACUCAGAAUGACUACAUCUUUGUGAUAGAUGUGCCCGGGCUGAAGUCGGACCAGAUCAAAGUCCAUCUGGAAGACGACAACGUUUUGGUGGUGUGCGGCGAGAGAAAGAGGGAGAAGGAGAGAGACCAGGGAGUGAGGUACCUGAGGAUGGAGAGGAGGCUCGGCAAGUAUCUCAAGAAGUUUGUGCUGCCGGAGAAUGCUGAUGUAGAGAAGAUCAGUGCCGAGUGUCAAGAUGGGGUGUUGACUAUUGUGGUGGAGAAGAAGCCGCCGCCGGAGCUGAAGAAGCCCAAGAUUGUUCAGGUGAGGAUUGGCGACAGCCAAGAAGACCAACAGGGUCAAGGUGGCCAGUGGGGCCAAGAGGGUCAAGGUGGAGGUCAAGGAGACCAGUGGGGUCAAAAGGGCCAAGGAGGUCAAGAGGGUCAGGGUGGCCAAGAUGGCAACAGCCGCUAG